CCUGCGCCGGUUGCAUCGGCAUCCACUGGCUGCGUUCGUUCGCCGUUUCGACGUCGUUGCGUGUGCGUCUACGCUCGCACCAUGAUCGAGCCGUGUCGAGUAUCCCGUGCAAUGGAGCUGAAUGUGCGCAGAAUAAUGAAGUGUGAAUAAAGAAAAGAAAAAGAAGAAAAACGAUAGCAAACUAAGCGAAACCAAAAAACAGAAAACAACACAAAUUCGAACAUCGUGUGACGGUGCAGUAGGUCAAAAGCCGUGAAGAAAACGGUUAACAAUUGCAAUUCGUUGCACUCGUCGUCGGCGGUGCCACCAAGUGCCUUCGCCUAAGUAUAAUGUUGAUUGGAUCUGCGAUCGGUAGCGAGUUUGCCCAACUACCGAGUGCCCCGUGGAGCAUGGAACCUCCCAGGGCUCCGCUGCCCGGCCAGGGAUCACUUCCGCCACCGACGCUGCAGCUCUCGCCAACCGUUGGCCUAUCGCCCAACCUUCCUUCACCCGGCGCGGUGCAGCCCUCGACGAAUCUGUUUGGGGCAGCAGCGGCUGCGGCGGCGGCCGGAGCGGCUGGCACAGCCAACGCACACGCCCUGGCCGGCCUGGUGUCGCAGCAUCGGCUCCUGGAGCUUUCCCGGUUCGGGCUGCGCGGUUACGACCUGGCGCAGCAUAUGCUCACCCAGCAGGGAGCCGUAUCGAAGCUUUUAGGUACCCUGCGACCACCGGGCCUAAUCGGGGGCUCCAAGCCGAAGGUGGCCACGCCAGCCGUCGUCUCAAAGAUCGAGCAGUACAAGCGAGAAAACCCGACCAUCUUCGCGUGGGAAAUUCGAGAGCGUCUCAUCUCGGAAGGUGUCUGUACAAAUGCGACCGCGCCAUCCGUGUCCUCCAUCAACCGAAUCCUGCGUAAUCGAGCCGCCGAACGGGCAGCGGCUGAGUUUGCUCGGGCGGCUGGAUAUGGAUUAUACCCACCACCACCAUACGGAGGCUUUCCCUGGCCGACUCCCACCCACUUAUGGUCACCUGGUCAGGGUCUACCUAACAUGUCACAACCCGGAGGAAGUACUACUCCUGGCACGAUAGGAUCGCCCGGUUCAGGAUCACACGAAACGCUCGGAUCUCCGGACGGAAAUCGGCUGAUAGACAUUGAGGGUGAGGACUCGAACAGCUUGGAUGGCGAUCAACCAAAGUUUAGACGCAACCGGACCACCUUCAGCCCGGAACAGCUCGAGGAGCUCGAGAAGGAGUUCGACAAGUCGCAUUAUCCCUGCGUUAGCACGCGCGAACGGCUCGCGUCCCGUACCGCCCUCAGCGAAGCCCGCGUCCAGGUUUGGUUUUCCAACAGACGGGCGAAAUGGCGACGUCAUCAAAGAAUGAAUCUCUUAAAAAGGUCCAGCUCGCCGAGCACGCGGGCAGCGGCGGCGGUAGCGGGGGCGGCGGGAACGGCAAGUUCCGCUUUCACCCCUGGCUCCCCGCCGCCGCCGCCGCUGCAGCAGCCGCAGCCGCCGCCGCCAACCGGAUCGCAGCCGCCGGCGUCCCUGGCCCUGGGCCCUUCCCAGCCGCCUUCCUCCGCGGGUUCCCCCCCGGGGGUGGCCCCACCGGUCGGCCCUCCUCUCCCCUCUGGUCACCCCCAUCUUCCCCACCAUCACGCGUCAGCGGCGCACCACCACCAUCUGCACCAUCACCAGCAUCUGCACCAUCCGGCGUUACAUGCGCACCACUUUCACCAACCGGCGGCUCCCCCACCGGGGGCAUCCUCCGGCACCCUGCCGCACCACUCCCACCACCACCAUCACCCGCAUCCGCAUGCGCAUCCGGGCCAUCUGCACCCCAAUCCGUCCACGUCACCGGCAGCUCAAGCGGCAGCGGCGGCCGCCCUGGGAGCCCAGGCGGCGGCGGCGGUGGCGGCGGCCCAAGCGGCAUCAUUAGUCACAGCAUCAACUCCAUUAUUAAUGGGCGGUGAGCAUAGCGCCUUCCGGUCGCUUGUGCCCUCCUCGGCGGCCGCCCUUUUCGCUGGGCUUUCACGCUCCUACGCCGCCACCACUGGGUCUUCGAACCCGGAUUCGGCCAGUCCUGUGCCCAGUGACGAUUCCGACGAGGAGAUCAACGUACACGAGGAUGACUCUGGGGACGAGCCUUCGGAGGCGGCCCUUAGUCGCCCUCCUAACGGAAACGGUCGCCGACGACGGCGUCUUCGUUCCAGCUCACCCAACGGCCCUACAAGUCCGCUACAACUGACGAAACACGAACGAGCGGCUUAG